AUGGAAUGCGUCCCUAUUCACUUUUCUCAACCCCUGAUUAGCUCCAGAGACUUUUCCACACUCUAUAACCCUACCUACCAGGUCUGGAUCUGCACGGCGCCCUGCUGCCAGUACGCGGUAACCCCCUCAACCUUGCUCACCUAUCUCCGCGCCAGCCAUCGCUCCCACCCAACCAUGGUGACCUGUCCCCUCCGCGACGCUGCCCUGGAGGCGAUGUUCCGGCAGCCGUGGGCGGAUCCAGUCCGGGAGCACGGCCACCAGCCUGCCGCGGGUGACCCGCCCGUGCUAGGCCUGCUAGGGUCAGGGCGGCUCUCAGCCACGCGUGCUAGGGCCUGGCAGCAGGCCUGCCCCGCGAAUCGGGUGGUUUUUUGCCAGCGAUUCUAUAUUACCCAGGCCGGGAGUCAUUUCUUUAAGGUAACCUGCACGGCGGCGGGGGGCCCCGCGGGCCGGGGUGGAAAGAUGAAACCAGUCCUUACCCCUGCGGAGCUUGUCCGCGCCCGCGUGGACCAGGCACUGCUGGCGGGGGAGGCAGCCGCGGAGGUGGAGGACGGCCAGGUCCCAGCCCUGGCCACCUAUCCUACCAAGAUAUCUCUGUGGCUUGAGCUCACGCGCUGGCCGGAGUACCUACGGGGGCAGGACCUGACGAUAGCAGCACUGCUCGGGUGCCUACCUGACUAUGAUACAGAGCCGCUGCUGAUCCACCUGCGGCCUAUGACCUACCACCGGUACUACCAGGUAUGGCAGAGCCUGGUCUGCUUUGCCUACUGGAGCAGCCGGCCUGACCAGGCUAUCUGGCUCCGCUAGACUUCCGCACGACCCAAUAUAACCCGGACCCAACCCGGACCCAACCCGGUCCGGG